GGAUUGUGCGCAUGCGCAAUCUACUUUUCCCAGAAAACCCCGCGCCUGCAUUAAAAUGGAAAACACCAAAGCCGGGCUGGUUUAUCUUAGAAGAAAGCUGGGCCCGUUUAUAUCUGUUAUAAUUCCUUUUGGCUCUGAGAGGAUUGCACCAGAAGUUACUGAGAGCAUUCCUGACAGAUCAGCAAGGAGACAAUCCGUGACCAUUCCCUCAUUUACAAAUGAUAAAAAGAGCCAUGUUUCAGAAAGACUGAUAGUAAGUGAGAAUAAUGAUAUCAAGCUGGUAGCAGCUGCUACUGCAGCACCUGUGACUAAGAAUGAUGAUGAUGAUGAUGAUACUGUCUCAUAUCCUCCUCCUACUACUAAAAACUUUUUAAGGAAAAUAAGAAAGACUCAUAUUCGUAACAUUGUUUCCAGUCCACUCUUCUUUACUAUCGUAAUGAUGAUCAUAGUUGCUAAUGCAGUCAUCAUUGGAGUACACACUAACAAAGAACUGGAGAGGAGCUAUCCAACUCUAUUCGUUACAUUUCACUACAUUUUUCUCGUUCUUUACAUUUCUGAGAUCCUUCUAAAGUUGUAUUGUGACUUUCGUGGCUUCUGGAGAAGUUUCGGAAAUAUUUUCGACGUUGUCAUUGUAUCAGUUGCACUCUUUGGACCAAUUUUCUCAUUCAUUCCUGGUUCUGAGUAUGUACUUCGUCUGUUACGUAUGAUACUAGCAUUGAGGACCAUCAGAAGUUUUACUGCAUUGAGGGGACUUAGGCUUGUGGUCCAGAGCAUCAUUCGUGCUGUUCCAGAUACUCUGAGUCUUUUAUUUCUCCUCACAAUUGUUAUGUUUGUUUUUGCUGGUAUUGGCAUUACCUUAUUUGGAAACAAUUGUCCAAACUAUUUUGGAUCUCUUGGUUCAGCAUGGUUCUCACUCUUCAUUUGUCUCACACUGGACGGGUGGACGGUCAUAAGACAAGAUCUACAGGAUUGUGGCUAUGAUGUACUGGGCCCACUCUAUCUUGUACUGUUUGUCAUAAUUGGAUCGUUUAUACUUGGAAAUUUAGUAGUUGCAGUCAUCAUCAACAACUUUGAAUCUUCAUUAGACGAAGAGGAAGGAGUGGACACAUUUGAUCAAUCAAAAGAUCUAACUUCGGAUAAAACAAUCAAUGUGUCUCGGCUACUCUCAAGAUCAUCAAAAGGGCAGUCACCUACUGAUACUCCGGUCAUAGUUCCAACAAUCGAAAAGUUAGAAAAAUUAUUUUUUCUUCUCUCUGCAUUUGAGAACAACCUAAGAGAGCUCAAGAAGAUACAAAAGAGUCUUCACGAGAUACUUCAUAAAGUAAAGGCUUUAUCUGAGAUAGAAGAGGCUAAUGCAAUGGAGAGGGUAUCAACCAACACACCAUCCGGUAUAACAAAUUCAAGAUCAAGUGUUCAUGCGUCAAGAUCAUUUAGACAUUCAUUGUUUGAUCAGAGAGGUGAUGCAGUGUCAGGACUGAUAUCACUGAGUCAUCGUCACGUCUUUGAAGGAUCAAAUGUGACGUCUCUCAACUCACUCUUCACUCACCUCCAACCACACGCAUCAAAACCAGUGCUACAUGACUAAACUCAAGCAAUAUAUGAAGGAGAACAAUACACCAGACAAUAAUAAUAAUGUAUGCUUAAUUGCUAUAGAGUAGGAGAGGAAGGAAUA